AUGCAGACACAGCACUCCUCUCCAGGUAGCAUGGUCUUCGCCGACGCGAUCGCUGAAUUUGACAAGGACAGUCAACUUCCCCGCCUUCUACACGGUCGCCAGGAGUCCAUGCAGGUCCUUGUCGAAUUUGCUCCUUGCUGCGUCAGAGCUGUUUAUCGGGAAAGCGUAGACGAUGACGAUGGUGGCGAAUUUGCCUCCCUUGAGAGGCAGGCGGAGGCUGAUCAGCGAUCGUUGGUGCCCUGCGGCAGACAGGGCAGUUGUCCAACGAUGUCCUUCCGGACGGCAAAGACGACGCCCACGUCCCGUCGUUCUGCUCUGGGGCGACCGCUCCAGAAGAAGGUGUAG